GCCGCGAACGCCAACGCCAACGCAGUGGCCUGUGGCGGCUUCCGGCGCGGCGGCUGCCCGGGCAGCGGGCGGCAGUUGGGUGACGGGCUGAUGCUGGCGGCGCGGCACGUCGUGUGCGCCCUGUCCGGCGGCGUGGACAGCGCAGUGGCCGCGCUGCUGCUGAGGCGGAGAGGUUACCAGGUGACAGGGGUGUUCAUGAAGAACUGGGACUCACUGGAUGAACAUGGCGUGUGUGCUGCUGACCGGGACUGCGAGGAUGCUUACAGGGUCUGCCAGGUCUUAGACAUCCCUUUCCACCAGGUGUCCUAUGUGAAGGAGUAUUGGAAUGAAGUGUUCAGUGAUUUUUUGAAUGAGUAUGAAAGAGGAAGGACUCCUAACCCUGACAUAGUCUGCAACAAGCAUAUCAAGUUCAGCUGCUUUUUCCGUUAUGCUGUGGAUAAUCUUGGAGCAGAUGCUGUUGCCACAGGCCACUACGCAAGAACUUCACUGGAGGAUGAAGAAGUCUUUCAGCAGAAGCAUAUUAAGAGGCCAGAAGGGCUUUUCAGAAAUCGAUUUGAAGUUAGAAAUCCGGUAAAACUUCUCCAAGCAGCUGACAGCUUUAAAGACCAGACCUUCUUUCUCAGCCAGGUUUCCCAGGAUGCCCUGAGAAGAACCAUCUUCCCUUUAGGGGGAUUAACGAAGGAUUUUGUAAAGAAAAUAGCUGCUGAGAAUAGACUCCAUCAUGUGCUCCAGAAGAAAGAGAGCAUGGGCAUCUGUUUCGUCGGUAAAAGAAACUUUGAGCAUUUCAUUCUUCAGUAUUUGCAGCCUCGACCUGGGAAAUUUAUUUCUAUUGAGGACAAUACAGUUCUGGGAACACAUAAAGGUUGGUUCCUGUACACCUUGGGCCAGAGAGCUAAGAUCAGCGGCCUGAGGGAGCCCUGGUACGUGGUGGAGAAGGACGCUGCCAAGGGUGACGUGCUCGUGGCCCCCCGCACAGACCACCCAGCCCUCUACCGGGACCUGCUGAGGACCAGCCGUGUGCACUGGAUUGCAGAGGAGCCCCCUGCCGCCCUGGUCCGGGAUAAGAUGAUGGAGUGCCACUUCCGAUUCCGUCACCAGAUGGCGCUAGUGCCCUGUGUGCUGACCCUCAAUCAGGACGGCACCGUGUGGGUGACUGCUGUGAAGGCUGUGCGGGCCCUCGCCCUGGGGCAGUUUGCCGUGUUCUACAAGGGGGAUGAGUGCCUGGGCAGUGGGAAGAUCCUGCGCUUGGGGCCRUCGGCCUACACACUCCAGAAGGGCAGGAGCAGAGCCAGAGUGGCUCCUGAGGGCUCCAGUGAGGGACCCAGCAAAGAUCCAGGCCCGUGCCCCACACCCUGACAGAAGCCGAGCCGCAGGAGGACUCCUGUGACAGGAGAGCCUGGGGCUGAGCAGCGUAGGCAGGGCAGGGCCGGGCAGGGCAGUGAUGGACUCAGUGCUGCCUGGACCAGGGGCAGCCCCAGGAAGGCCCUUUGUCUUGUGCUGGAACCAGCAACAGAAGCAUCCGAUGGCCAGUGGGUCAGCCCCGAGGCCCUGUUCAGUCUCCUUCAUGCUUACCCCCUGGGACAGUUGCCCUGGAAGAACACUGCAGGGACAGCAUUGAAUAAAAAGUCCAACUGGGAUGAGGAGUCUGACCACUGUGUCCAGGGGCUGGGGGGCCUGGGUGGGCUGUCGCAGGGGCUCAUCACUGGCAGCUGAUGGAAUGGAAGGCAGAUGGACAGCAAGGGAAGGGCCCGAGAGAUGGCCUGGCCUCCCUCUGGGGCCUGAGCCCUAUGCCUUGGGAAGGCAGAGAGCCAUCCACAUUAGGUCUGCUGAAGCCCAGAAGUCCACAGGGGAAGCACACAGAGCCCCUUGCCCUGCAGGGCCCACUUCCAGCAGAACCCGGUGCUUUCCUGGUGAGCAUGGCCUUGGGCUGUGGGCUUUAGAAGUCCACGCACAGGGCGUCAGGGAGGCAGCACUCGGGCAGCCUUUGGUGUGGCACUCUUAUGGGUCACUUUCCUCUCUGGGCUAGGACCUUGGAGAGGCCUGGGGAGGGCCUGGGGGGCCGAGGGGGCGGAUUGUGGGACAGUGCAGGUGGCUGAGACUCGGGGAGAAACCCGUCUUUUUAGGCAAAGAGGAGUGAGGUGAGUCCCAGUGGGGCGAGGACUGGAGAAGCAGCCUAGCACAGGCCCCAGGGCCCUCGGCUGGACACCAGCAGACCCAAGGCCCUGGCUCUGGAGCUGGCACCAACCCCUCAGGGCAGGUGGGACUGUCAGGAACCUGACCAGGCUGCUUCACUAUGGAAAGGGUGACAUCCAGAGCCAGGCCUCCAGCUGGCCCAGAGCCCAGCAUGACCCAGUUCCCCUGAAAUCACUGAGCCACAGGCUCGGGGACACCAGUGAAAAACAGGGGACAGAUUACAGUCUUGAGGUGACAGAGCUCACACUAGCAAGGUGGAGCAGUGCUCCUCAG